AUGAACCUCAACGCUGUUUUCUGGGGCUGUCUUACGGUUCUAGCCUCCGUCCAAGCCAAGGACGGUUCGGCAUCGCAAGCAGACCAAGUCGGCUCGCAAGAGGGGUAUCCUCACCAAAUUCAAGGACCUAUUGAAACACCAAAGCAGUCGAAUCACACUAUCGAUUUUGGCGACUUAACUCGUGCUCCUUCGCCAAACGUACCCGGACUAGAUCCCAGACAAACUGAAGCUCCGACACUCCCACCGACACUUGCACCGACACGUCCAUCGACACCUAAGCCGACUCUCCCGCCGACACCUAAGCCGACACUUCCACCGACUCCUGCACCCACCCUUCCACCAACACCCGCCCCCACUCCUGCCCCGACGCCCGAUCCGGGUCCGUGGGUUGAGAAAAAAAUUGCUCACAAAGACGUGAAGCCAUUUCCUCAGCCCGAGCCGGUGACGAUUUCCGAGAAGGCCGGUGUCAAGUUCAAACCUCAAAUUCAAAUCAGGACGGGAUGUGAGCCGUACCCUGCUGUGAAUGAAUUCGGCGAAACUAGUGGCGGCCUUCACACUUCUGGUAAAUCCAGGGGCAAGUGCGGUGGGUCUGGCCAUGGCUCCCAAGUAUACGGCCGCUCAGCCUGGUUGAAGGGUGUCUGGGUCAUCAUGUACUCGUGGUACUUCCCGAAGGACUCACCGUCGCACGGGUUGGGCCACCGACACGACUGGGAGGAAGCCAUUGUGUUCAUUGACAAUCCCGAUGUAUCGGAGCCGAAGAUUCUUGGCUGUUCGGUGUCAUCCCACGGUGGUUAUGCGAGGCACGCUCCGUGUCCUCCGUGGGUGAUCGACGGCACCAGUCUCAAGGUUCGAUACAAGCACUCCUGGCCUAAGAAUCACGACCUUGCUAUCACUGGCGACGGUGGUAAGUUCCAGGAUCUUAUCAUGUGGGGCCAGAUGACAAAUGAUGCCAGACGAGCUCUCAAUGCGGUGUCCUUUGGUAGCGCCAACACACCUUUCAAAGAUGGCACCUUCCAAGACAAAAUCGAGAAAGCUUGGCCCUUCAAGUAA